AAGCUAAACCAGUCAGAUCCUGUCUGCUGCUGUUUAGCUUUGAGGUUUAAGGUGUGCCUGACCCUCCAAAGGAGGUGGGAUUAGUAUGAACCUGACAGGAAAGGUUAAACAAAAAUUCCUCAAAUGAAACUGAAAGUUUGUUAGAGCCACACUAGAGCUGACGUUGAGAUGAGUCUCUCUGUUCCUCUCUAAAAGAAAAUUCAAGACUACAUCACUUCGCUACUUUCUUCACAACAUAGCAGAGUCUCUGACAAACACUGUGUGUAGAUAUGGCUGCUGCGAACUAUCUGCGAUCUGAAGAUCAGUUUCUGUGCUCCAUCUGUCUGGAUGUGUUCACUGAUCCUGUCACCAUACCAUGUGGACACAACUUCUGCAAAAACUGCAUCAAUGAACACUGGAAUGUCAAUGUCCUGUGGCAGUGUCCCAUGUGUAAAAAUGUUUUUACCACAAAACCUGAACUGCACAUCAACACUUUCAUCUCUGAGAUGGUUGCUCAGUUCAGAGAGGAAGCUCAACAAAAAAUCAACAAAAGCAGCAGCUCAGAGCAAAAAGAUGCCAAACCUGGAGAAGUUCCCUGUGACGUCUGCACUGGAAACAAACAGAGGGCCCUGAAGUCCUGCCAGGUGUGUCUAACGUCCUAUUGUGAGACUCACCUGGAGCCUCAUCUGACAGUGUCAGGCCUGAAAAGACAUCAGCUGAUCGACCCUGUGGAGAACCUGGAAGACAGGAUGUGUAUGAAGCACGAUAAACCUCUGGAGCUGUUCUGUAAGACCGACCAGACAUGUGUCUGCAUGCUCUGCCCUGUUUUAGACCACAAGACACAUGACUUUGUUCCUCUGAAGGAAGAAUAUGAAGAGAAGAAGGCUCAGCUGGGGAAGACAGAGGGUGAACUUCAGCAGAUGAUCCAGAAGAGACAACUGAAGAUUCAGGAGAUCAAACGCUCGGUUAACCUUGGUAAGGAAAAUGCAGACAGAGAGAUCGCAGAAGGUGUUCAGGUCUUCACUUCUCUGAUGAGGUCUGUUGAGAGAUGCAUGAACGAGCUCAUUGAGAUGAUUGAAGAGAAGCAGAGAUUUACAGAGAAACAGGCCGAAGCUUUCAUCAAAGAGCUGGAACAGGAAAUCUCUGAGCUGAAGAAGAGACACACUGAGGUGGAGCAGCUCUCACGCUCUGAAGACCACCUCCACCUCCUCCAAAGCUUCCCAUCCCUGAAAGCUGCUCCAACAACCAAGGACUGGACAGAGGUCAGCAUCCAUCCACCAUCACACGAGGGGACUGUAAGGAGAGCUGUGGCUCAGCUGGAGGAGACGAUCAGUAAACAGAUGAAGAAACUGAUUGAGGCUGAACUGAAGAGAUUCCAACGCUAUGGCAAAAAUGUGACUCUUGAUCCUGAUACAGCACAUCCCAAUCUCAUCCUGUCUGCAGAUGGGAAACAAGUGAAUCACAGUGAUGUAAAGAAGAAUCUCCCAAACAACCCAGAGAGAUUUUCUCACUGUAUCUGUGUUUUAGGAAAGCAGAGUUUCUCUUCAGGCAGAUUUUAUUUUGAGGUUCAGGUUAAAGGGAAGACUAAAUGGACUUUAGGAGUGUGCAGAGAGUCGAUCAACAGAAAAGAGAACAUCCCACUGAGCCCUGAGGAUGGUUACUGGACUGUAUAUUUAAGAAAUGGAAAUGAGUACAAAGCAUUUGGUGGUCCUGAUGUCUGUCUCUCUCUGAAGUCUAAGCCUCAGAAGGUGGGGGUGUUUGUGGAUUAUGAGGAGGGUCUGGUCUCCUUUUAUGACGUAGAUGCUGCAGCUCUUAUCUACUCCUUUACUGGCUGCUCCUUCACUGAGAAACUCUACCUGUACUUUGGUCCUUGUCCUAAUGAUGGUGGUAAAAACUCCACCCCUCUGAUUCUCACACCUAUCAAAUGAACUAAAUAGAUCAGUUAUUUAAUUUUGCAUGAAAGUGAUCAGAGUUAAGAGAACAAAUUCAUUGUUAAUGAUCAGGAAAUAUUGCUAAUAUUGUGUUUUGUUAUGUAAAGUGAACACUCUGUCUCUGUCUGAUAAAGCCACUCAGCAGGAAACAGCAGACAGACACAGUCAUAAACUGAAUAAAGUGGAACAUUUAGCAGCUAAAGAGCCAGAUAUUUUUCUCAGGAGUUGGUGGAGACUUAGAUUCAUCAGGUGGACAGAAACACGACUCUUAUGGGAUGAUUAUGUUGCUCUGCUUCUGCUGGAUGUGUAAAUAGGAAACUGUUUGUUAAUACAUCA